UCACAGACAAGCAGUCCGCCACCACCGUCCACGCUCCGGCACCACCCACGGCCAGCCUGAGAGUGGAGAGGGGUGGAGUAGCACGCGGAGAGCUCGCUUUCUCCGCAUGUCAACGCAGACAAAAAGAGUUUCCCCGGUCACAUAUCGAAGGGCAGCAAGAACAGUCGCCGCCACCUCUCCUCCUCCUCCAACCAACAACUCCCCCAAGAGAUCUCGUAGCGCGCGCCGCCAGAUGGAGCUCAUCGCGAUGGAGGCGCCGUCGUCGCCCAACGGUAGGAAGCGCAAGUCGUCCCCGGCCUCCUCCGGCCUGGGGGACCUCCACGACGACAUGCUCGAGCGCGUCCUCGCGCGCCUCCCGCCGGCGAGCUACUUCCGCCUCCGCGCUGUCUGCCGCCGGUGGCGCGCGGCCGCGGCGUCCCCGACGUUCCUCGACGCCUGCGCCCGCGUGCCCUCCCGGGAGCCGUGGUUCCUCAUGCUCUCCGAGUCCGACGGUCACCGCCCGGCCGUCGCCUUCGACGCCGCCGAGCGCGGCUGGAACCACUGCCGCGCCGCGCCGGGGUCCGUGCCCGUGGCCGCGUCGCGCGGCCUCGUCCUCUACCGCGCGCCGGCCACGGGGGCGCUCACCGUCGCCAACCCGCUCACGGGCGCGUCGCGCGCGCUCCCCUCGCCGCCGCGGCAGGGCGGGCAGCACCAGCUGCAGGCGAUUGCCAUGUACGGCGGCGCCCCCUACCGCGUCGCCCUCUUCACGGGAGAGCUCCCGGACCUGUCCAUGACGGUGUUCGACUCGUCCAGCGACUCGUGGGAGGGCCCCGUGCCGCUCGCCCACAGGUCCGAGGAGGACUCGUGCCCCGACGCGCCGGGGCAGGGCGGCGACGACACGGUCUACUUCCUGAGCAAGUCCGGCGACGUGGUGGCCACCAACAUGCAGCGCAGCGCGUCGAAGCAGUACUCCUCGGUGGUCGUGCCCUCUCGCGCGGGCGGCACCGACGCCGUGGCCUACUUCCUCAGCCACUCGGGCACCGUCGUCGCCUGCGACACGGCGCGCCGCACGUUCUGUGAGCUGCCCCGCAUCCUCCCCGUCUACUUCGAGUACUCCAUCGACGUCGUGGCGUGCGGCGGCGCCGCCUACGCCGUCGUGCUCUCGGAGUACCUGGACACCGCGAGCCUGCGGGUGUGGGAGUUCUCCGGGGGCGCGUGGCGGCAGGUGGCCGCCAUGCCGCCCGCCAUGUCGCACGGGUUCCACGGCAAGCGGGCCGACAUCAACUGCGUCGGGCACGGGGACCGCCUCGUGGUGUGCGUGAGCUCCGGCGAGGCGGUCAACGGCGGCUGCUUCAUGUGCGACGUGGGCAGCAACCGGUGGGAGGAGCUGCCCAGGUACGUCAACGGCGACGGGGAGGCCAGCGAGUUCCUGGCCGCCUUCUCCUUCGAGCCCAGAGUGGAGAUCGCCGUCUAAGUGUUUGUGAUCAGCAGUGUGUGAUUACUGUGUUGAUUAAGGAGCCUAGUUUUGGUUUCGCUCCUGGUUUGUGUACGUGAUUGAUUUCCUGAUGUGUGCAUGACUGCAUGUACUUACCAGAUUGUAGUGUCACUGUUCGUUGACACUGUAUUGUUUCUCCCAGAUCAAAUUUCAGAUUGUUCU